AUGAAGCAGGAAGUGGAGCAGCGUUCCAGCUGUUCCAGGCUCACACAUCUGUGCAGCGAUGAGGAGGAGAGGACCAGGCUACAACCUCUGCCCUCCUCUGUGUUUGAGGAGGUUGGGUCUUCCUGCUCCCUCCUGGCUCAGGUGUUUGGACCAGUACCAGAUCCUUCUGCUGUUACAGGCACCAUCCCCAUUGAGAAGUUCGAGUUUAGCAGCAACCAAAGAGUGAUGUUUGAUCACGAGGGAGUUGGAAGUGAUGUGCCYAUCUCCUUUGAAGCUGAUGGCAGCAACAAAGUGAUCCUGCUGACCUCUGGGCAGCUGUCCUGCUGCGUGUCCUGGGGGAUCGGGGAGGAUAAUACACCGCUCGCACCUCCCGUCUCCCAACAGCCGGGUGGUGUACGCAGGGGUUUCGGCCACCUCGAUGCUGUCACGUCCAUUGGGGCAUCUGGGCUAUAUGACAUGAAAAAAAUAAGUGAGUGGGCCAAACAGUCACGACUGGACCCCAAUGAUCCCAAAAAUGUCUCCAUCAUGCAGCUUCUAAAAGUAGCCAGCAGUGGAGAGGUGAUUGCUCCAGAAUACUUUCGUCUGGAACAUCUGCAGGAGGAGUUUAACUUUGUGACCGAUGAAGAGAUGGAGGAAUCCAAAAGAUUUCGCCUGCUCAGGCUGAGGAACCAAGAAGUCGCAGAGUUUCGCAAUUACAAGUUUGUUCCUGCUCUUGAGAGGGAAAUUUCUGACAAGGUGUUCCAGGAUUAUCAAAAAAGAUUGGAAGACGGAGAGAUAGUUGACACCAACGAACAUUUGGAUCCACACAGAGCUUUGGUGGCCAAAUGCCUACAGAAAAUACGAGAAUCGGUCAUCAACAGAUUUAUUCUUGCUAAACAUUACUACCAACUGUCUGACUUGGUGGUUGAAGAGGAAAUACCGAGCAUUGGGAUUCUGGGAAUCAACUUGUUUAAACUAACUGAACCCAAACGACCACUAAAACCACAGAGGAAAGAGAGAAAGAAAGUGACGACUCAGAAUCUGUCUGAUGGAGACAUCAAACUGCUCAUUAACAUCAUCCGGGCCCACAACAUCCCAAUCCGCAAGCCUCAGAGCAAUAAACCAGGACAGUUUCCUCAGAGCGCCCCCCAGGGCAGUGACUGGUACCUCAGCCAGGUACAAGUGAGGCCAUUUGUGGAGGUUUCGUUUCAGCGCACAGUUCUUCAGACGACCACAGCUGAGGGACCUAACCCGAGCUGGAACGAGGAGCUGCAGCUGCCCUUCAGCGCACCAAACGGUGACUACAGCACCACCAGCCUGCAGUCGGUCAAAGAGGAGGUGUUCAUCAACAUAUUUGAUGAAGUGGUUUAUGAAACUGGAACAAUGAACAAAGAGAGGAGGUCCUCUAUUCACACGCAGAUAGAGAAGCAUUGGCUGGGCUCUGUCAAGAUUCCUUUCAGCACAAUUUACUCUCAGUCCAAGAUUGACGGAGCGUUUAAAGUGAACACUCCAGCCGUGCUGCUGGGGUACAGCAAGGUGCACGGCAGUUACGGUGUUUACGAUCAUUUCCGGAAACCCUGUGAAGGAACGUUUCUCAGACUCUUCAUCACCAUCGAGCCUCAGCUGGUGCCUGGAGAGUCGAUUAGGGAGAAGUUUGAGAGUCAGGAGGAUGAGCGAUUACUGCAGGCCUCAGAGUCGUUUGAGGCGGCUGCAGCUCAGAGCUACCCGGACCGACCCUGCAUCACCAGAGUCAUAGACCUUAAUGGAAAGACCAUUUUUAUCACGCGCUAUAUCCGACCACUCAAGCCCCCGCAGGAGUUCCUCGAUGCAUUUCCUAAUAACCCCCAGGAAGCCACGACUCUGGUUGCUCGAUACGUCUCCCUCAUCCCGUCUCUGCCAGACCAGGUUUCAUUCUCGGGAACCUGUGAUUUGUGGAGCACCUGCGACCAAUUCCUCACUCUGUUAGCAGGCGACGAGGAAGAACACGCUGUGCUGUUGUGCAACUAUUUUCUGUUCUUGGGCAAGAAAGCUUGGCUUAUUAUUGGUACCGCCAUACCUGAGGGACCCACUGCAUAUGUUCUAACACAUGAGCCGAGUGGGUAUUUUAUCUGGAACCCCAGCAGUGGUCAGUGCUACGAGACGAAUGACCCCUUCUGCCCCCUCCAAACAGUUGGCUGCUUGGUUAAUUCUGACAAUGUUUGGUUCAAUGUUCAAGAAAAAGCAUCGCCACAGAACCUGAGUCUAGACAUCACAAAGAGCAAUUUGUGGAAACCGUUUUUUUCUCGCUUCUUCUCCCAUCCGGGGCUGUCUAGCAUUCAGCCUGAGGAGCUGGUGUACCGCCGCACAGACAAAGCAGCUGCAGUGGAACUUCAGGACAGAAUUGAGAAGAUUCUGAAGGAGAGGAUCAUGAAGUGGCGCUCCCGUCACCCAACCCGCUGGAACCGAUACUGCAACAACAUCCUGAAACAAUUCCUGCCCAAACUGGAGCUGAGCAGAGGGCAGGAAGUGGCUGAGGGGCAUUGCCACGAGCUGCAGAGCAUGCUGGGAGACUAUAGGGUUGCAGGAUUCCCGUUGCACCUGCCGUUCUCUGAGAUCCGGCCCAUCGUGGAGGUGGUGCACAGCACCGGAGUUCACAACAUUCAGACAUCACACGUGGAGUUUGCUCUGGCUGUGUAUGUCCAUCCUUACCCCAACAACGUGCUGUCUGUGUGGGUGUACCUGGCCUCGCUCACACAUGAUGCACACAGGAGGACAAAUGUUUAAAUUAGUUCCACUCCUGUAAACUGCUUUUUAUAUACAUCAUUUAUAGGUUCAAACUGUUAAUGAAUAAUAGUCUGUACAGCUUUUUACAUUCCAAUUAAACUUUGUUGUUUUUUGUAGAGUAUUUACAUUUUCCACAAGAUCGGUUUGGCAACUGAGCAUGUGUAGGUGGUCAAAUAAAUUCAUACAAAGUUUUUCUGCGACACCAGUCAAUACUUGAGUCUCAGCUGUUAAUUAUAUUUAAAAUGUCUAAAUGUAAUGAACUGUUAGCACUGCUGAAGCUAAACUCUUUUUGUUCUUUGUCAAUACAAAUAAAACAGCCCAUUGCAGUGUU